AUGGAGUUUCCAAGGCUCUUCUUUGGUGUUUUAUUUGACAACUUGUUACUAUCACUUUUUCCUACACUCAAGGCAGACUUCCGGGGUGAUCUACGAAGUGACAAGUGUGAUGUACAUCACCAGGUGCAGGAAUCAGACAACAGACUAGGGGCUGGCAAUAAAUUUCCUGUAACAGAUUUUAAACCGUACACUGAUCCUGAUCUUUAUGCUGUGGAAAAAGAAUUAUAUCUUGGUUCUUUAUGUGAAGUUCAUCAGUCUGCAGAACCGUGGCACUUUUGGAUGAUAAUGCUAAAAAAUGGCAACUUUGACAAAAACACAACCAUCUGUCCUGAAAAUGGCCAUAAAGUUAGUAGAAUAGAGACGGACAGAAGAUUUCCAUGUUUUGGUGAAGGCUGCAUGAAUCAACCACUUGUGUACCAUAAUCGUUCAAGGGUGGUUUCUUUUGGGGACCAAAUGGUCUCUUUGAGUGGAGGUUUUUAUGGGACGUAUGACCUUGACACCAAUUUGAGCACAGGUGUAGGGCAGAACUCUUUCUUCUCUGUUUCAUGGCGGAAAAAUCUGAGCACAGGGAGUUGGAUUAUCUCGAAUAGAUUAACAACAUCUUCUAAGUAUCCUUGGCUUAUGUUGUAUCUAAGGGCAGAUUCAACAAAAGGAUUUAAUGGAGGUUAUCACUAUGGUGGUCGGGGUAUCAUGAGAAAGGUGCCGGAAUCUCCCAAUUUUAAGGUAAAAUUGUCUGUGGAUGUUAAACAAGGAGGAGGGCCCAACAGCCAAUUUUAUCUACUUGAUAUAGGAAGUUGUUGGAAGAACAAUGGAGAUCCAUGCAAUGGAGAUGUUCUAACAGAUGUGACUAGAUAUAGUGAGAUGAUCAUCAAUCCUGCAACUACAAGCUGGUGCCGCAUAGAUAACCUAGGGAACUGCCCACCUUACCACAUCAGUGCUGCUGGGGAGACAAUUUAUAGGAAUGAUACAUCACGAUUUCCGUACUCUGCCUACCAUCUCUACUGUGCGCCAGGAAAUGGCAAUUAUUUGGAGAAACCAUAUGACAUCUGUGACCCAUAUAGCAAUCCACAAGCACAAGAGUUGGUACAAAUUCUACCACAUCCUGAGUGGGCUGUGCAUGGCUACCCUGCAAACCAAGGAGAUGGAUGGGUUGGAAAUUCCAGGACUUGGGAACUUGAUGUAGGGGCCCUCUCUAGUCGGUUAUACUUCUACCAGGUAAAUUUUGUUGCCCGGCUUGGAAACAUAACCUGUGGAAGCGUCAAGCGAAGUAAUGAUGGUACUGAUGAAGCAUCAACACAAAUGCAGGGUGUGGGUAUGAAAUAA